AUGUCAGACUUUAACGAUAAUUUACCCGGUGAUGCGGCUUCCGUCACCAACGCAAAAUAUUGCAAAAAGUGCGAUCGUACCGACGUGCAAGAAGGUAUGGUGUGUUGCGACGUUUGCGAUUCUUGGGUACACUUCCAGUACGCGGGUGUGAGUGAAUCUAUCGCUGAACCGGAUAGGAGUUGGAAGUGCAGUGAUUGCAUGGCAAACUGGGAUGCUGCAUCAAAGUCUGCUGUAUCGUUCAAUGAAUCGUCGGUCAGCAAGAGCAGUAGGGUGUCACAGAAACUGCAGCUAAGUUUACAACUUCUCGAGGAGCAACAGAAGUUAAAGAAAAAGCGUAUGGAAGAAGAGCGACGCAUACGCAGGCUGGAAGAAGAAAUAAGAAUGAAACAGAUUGACGACGAACAAGAAUACUUGAGGCAAAAGUACGCUUUGCUGAUGCAAAUAGGAGAGGAAAAGGAAUCGUGCAGUAGAAAAAGCGGAGUUAGUGUAAAGAUUAGACGCGAGAUGAUGGAACAAUGGCUCGCAACGGAGACCCAAAAGCAUGCAGUAGGACAGUCGAAGCCAUCUGCGUCUGGAUUAAAGGGUACCUUGCCAGUUUCUGCCACCGGUGCAGUGACUUCGAACAAUAUGGUUCCACUCAACCAAGGUAUGGUUUUGCUAGAUCCAACGAUUCCAAUUCCCGGAGGUGGUGUUACAGCUCUAGCGAAAUCUUACGAGUCGUUGGUAGUACCAACGAUGUCCACAAGUACAUCAAACAAAGCAUCGGCUAAUUCAACGAUUCCAGUGACAGUAAAGACGAGUGCGGGUGGAAUUUUGGUCACUUCUGUUACUACAGCUCCAAUCAUGUCUUCGUUGAUAGUUUCGAUGGUGACAACCGUGCAGAGCGAACGCAAUAGGCUCAAGUAUAACCGGUUUGAUUACUUCCCAGCACCGGCGGCGCACGGAAAUUGCCCUGUCUUACCACCGAUUAACCCAAUGCAGUAUUCAAUAGCUUCUAAUGGUCCUCCACAGUUGCCUUCAACCACUAUCUCCUCAAGUCUGUUUCCGGGAAUUCAAAGCUACCCAAACGCCUUCCCCGGUUAUCCAGUAUUAUUUCCGUAUACUGGACCAUCUGUAGUACCGACAUCCAUGGUGGUCGAUGGGGCUGGGAUUAACCAUUUAGUUGGUCCGUUGGGACCAACGUCGGCUAAUGUUUUUCCGGGAAUUCAAACCCAUCCGGGACCAAUCGAAGGAAAUAGAGUUAACCCUUCGGUCGCAUUGUCAGGACCGACCAAUGCGCAACUGGCAGCUCGGCAAGUAAUGCCCCGAGACUUACCGAAGUUCGUCGGAGAGCCCGAACAAUGGCCUAUUUUUUAUAGUUCCUUCAAGAACACGACUGAAGUCUGUGGAUAUACGGAAGCAGAGAAUCUGGCCAGACUGCAGCGUAGCUUAGGAGGUUCCGCCUUGGAGGCAGUUAGAAGUCGCCUGUUGCUACCCGCGUCUGUGCCAUACGUAACGGAAACUUUACAAAAGUUGUACGGAAGGCCAGAGAUAUUAAUCAGUUCUCUACUAACCAAAGUGAGAAGCGUUCCUCCACCAAAGGCGGAUAACUUAAGCACUAUUGUGGCUUACGGAUUGGUGAUUCAAAACCUCGUCGAUCAUAUUAUAUUGACUGAUCAACAGGCGCACUUGUCAAACCCGAUGCUGCUCCAGGAGCUGAUCGAUAAAUUACCUGCCUCGCUGAAAUUGCAGUGGGGAGCGUUCAAGCAGGCACACCUGCACGUUAACCUUGCGACGUUUAAUACCUUUAUGUCGGGCUUAGUAAAUUUGGCGUCGGAGCUGAGUGUUGGAGUAGAGUCUGCGCAAAAUUACAGCAAGCAGCAUAAGGCGGAAAAGUUUAAGCCAAAGGAGAAGUUGUUCACUCACGCGAACGAGCUGCCCACAUCAAUGAAGGAAAACACAGUUGGGGAGAUCUCAUCUAAGCCUUGUUCGUUUUGCGAGAAAAAUAGUCAUCAGAUUCUGAACUGCGUAAGUUUCAAAUCGUUGGACAUUGGUGGUCGUUGGAAGGCAAUACGACAAAAGAAUUUAUGCCGGUUGUGUCUAAUACCGCAUAGAAAAUGGCCAUGCCGUUCGAAGAAGGAAUGUGGAGUAGAUGGAUGCCGAGUUCGUCAUAAUAUGUUGUUGCACUGUAGUCGGAAUGAAGCGGUAGAUGGCGCAAGAUCCGCUGAGACCGUUCACCAUAAUCAUCACCACACAAAAUCAUAUUCGUUGUUCCGGUAUCUCCCAGUUACGCUGUAUGGAGACGGGAAGCAAGUCGAAACUUUCGCAUUUCUAGAUGAUGGAUCGUCAUCAACGUUGCCUGAAGAAGAGAUCGCGACACAGUUGGGUAUCGAAGGUGAACCUGACAACUUAUGGUUUAGUUGGACUGGGAAGAUCAGCAGACAAGAGAAGACCUCCAAGCGGUUGAGCGUGAAGAUAUCCGGGGUUGGACUUCCCGUUGCUAGUUAUACCAAUGCCAAACCAGGCAUGAUUAUCGGUCUUGAGCACGUGAAGCUGCUCACUAGUUUGAAAAUUCGCGAGGGCAGCUGCAGCGAACCGGUGGCCACUAAAACUAGGUUGAGGUGGUGCGUGUAUGGGAGAAAUUCCGGGGACAGAGGGUCCAUGGAACAGCUUCACCUGCAUGCUCGAGUUAGUAUGAGCAAUAGCGACUUGCAUGACUCGAUGCGAAAGUUUUUCGCCGUUGAAGAUGCCGUAGUGACAAAACAGAUUGAAGCCGAGGAAUACAAGCGGGCACGCAGUAUUCUGGAAGCAACCACGGUGCGGAAAGAAGCCCGUAUGGAAACGGGAUUAUUAUGGCGUAUAGAUAACGUAAAAUUUCCGGAUAGUUUUCCGAUGGCGGUAAGCAGGUUGAAAGGUCUGGAAAAACGGUUGGCUAAAGAUCCUGAGCUUCGCAGGAGAGUGAAUGAGCAGAUAGAGAGCUACGAGAAGAAGCAGUACGUCCGAGUGGUAACGAAUCCUAGGAAGCCAAACAAAAUUCGGAUGGUGUGGGAUGCUGCUGCCAAGGCUAAUGGUGUCUCAUUCAACGACAUGCUGCUAAAGGGUCCGGAUCUACUGGUUUCGCUUGUGGAGGUGUUGCUGCGGUUUAGGGAAGGCAAAAUCGCAGUGUGCUCAGAUAUCCGAGAAAUGUUCUUGAGGAUUCUGAUUCAACUUUACCCCAAAGCGGUAGAUGCGAUUAUUAGGAACCACUACGUCGAUGAUUUUCUCAGCAGUGUCAAUUCUGUGGAGGAAGCCGUACAGCUCGUUCGGCAAGUGCAGCUAAUACACGCAGCCGGUGGAUUCGAGUUCGGAAAAAUUCUAUCCAGCUCACAGGAGGUGCUCGAUCUACUCGGGGAGACUGGUACGUCUGACAGCAAGUCACUCAAUUUAGAGAAGGAACGGGUCUACGAGCGAGUCUUGGGCGUGGUAUGGGUUCCCAGGGCGGAUCACUUCACUUUCGACCGAACAGGGCUGGAAGGAAUUUUAGAAGGCGGAAUGAUUCCAACGAAGCGCCAAGUUUUACGCACAGUUAUGAAAUUAUAUGAUCCGCUGGGAUUCGUAGCGCACUUUGUAGUGCAAGGAAAAAUCUUAAUGCAAGAAAUCUGGCGAACGGGUACUAACUGGGACGAGCCCAUAUCAGAGUCUUUGCACAACCUGUGGAGUAGGUGGAUCGAGGUGUACCUGACGAUCAGCGAGGUGAGGGUUCCCCGAUGCUUUCUUGGUCAUCUUUUGCCGGAGGAAAUCGACGAAAUCGAACUACAUGUGUUUACGGACGCGAGCGUAGCGUCCUGUGCUUGUGUGGCCUAUCUGAGGAUGUCGUAUAGCGGAGGCGGCUGGUGUUCGCUGGUUGCAGCAAAGACAAAAGUUGCGCCACUUCGGGCGCUCUCAAUCCCCCGCUUGGAGCUUGAGGCUGCCAUGAUGGGAUCACGCUUGUUGCAGAAAAUUCUUACGGCACUUACCCUCAACAUUCGAAGACACUUCCUGUGGACGGAUUCAGCUACAGUGCUCGCAUGGCUCCGCUCAGACAGUCGUCGAUAUCACCAAUUCGUUUCUUUCCGGGUUGGAGAAAUUCUUUCGCUCACCAGCGUGGACGAAUGGCGUUAUGUACCAUCGAAGCUCAAUGUUGCGGACGACGCCACGAAGUGGAACUCGGGACCCUCAUUUGACCCAGAAAACCGUUGGUACCAGGGACCACCGUUUCUACGAAACCCAAUAGAGCAGUGGCCUGGGCAGUCAGUAGUGGAGGAUGAAGCGGAUGUAGCAUGCGAAGAACUACGUUUAGUAGGCGUACAUCAAGCGGCCGAGGAAGUGAUUCGCGUCGAGCGCUUUUCCAAUUGGGAUCGUUUGCUUAGAGCGAUGGCUUAUGUUCACCGGGCAGUCAGGAUCUGGAAGCGAACUCUAGGGAGAAAAAGUCGACGGCAUGUCCUGGAUCAGGAAGAUAUCGUGAAGGCGAUGGAAACGCUUUGGCGCCAGGCACAGAGUCAGGCUUAUGUGGAGGAGGUUCACGCGCUAAACCAUGGUUGCAGCGUGGGCAGAAGUAGCCCACUGUACCCCCUAGUUCCGUUUAUUGACGAGCACGAAGUCGUACGCAUCGGAAGUCGGAUUGGAAGCGCACCGCACAUUCCCUACGCAACAAAGUAUCCCGUAGUGCUGCCGAGAGAUCAUCGCAUUACCUUCCUACUGGUACAGUCGGUUCAUCGCCGGUUCUUGCAUGCUAACGGAGAAACUGUUUGUAACGAGCUGCGACAAGAGUUUUACAUCCCGAAGCUUCGGGUGUUCGUGAAAAAAGUAAGUCGAAGUUGUCAGUACUGCAAGGUGAAGAAAUCAACUCCCCGGCCACCAUUGAUGGGACCUUUGCCGAGAGUACGCCUAACCCCAUUCAUUCGGCCAUUCACAUUCGCCGGUGUAGAUUACAUGGGACCCCUCGAAGUAAGAGUUGGACGAUGCGUCGCAAAACGGUGGAUUUGUUUGUUUACAUGCCUCACGGUGCGAGCAGUCCAUCUGGAGCUGGUCCACAGUCUUUCGUCUGCAUCUUGCGUGAUGGCAUUCAGAAGAUUUGUAGCCAGGCGGGGAGCUCCACAGGAGGUAUUUUCGGACAACGGAACAAAUUUUGUGGGAGCCAAUCGCCAGUUGUCAGAGGAGAAGAAGAAAAUUCGGGACAUUGUUCAAGACUGCGCCGCCACAUUUACCAAUGCAAAUACUCAGUGGCAUUUUAACGUUCCUGCGGCUCCGCAUAUGGGAGGACCAUGGGAACGCAUGGUGAAGUCGGUGAAGGUAGCGAUGAAAGCUGUGUCGGAUAGCCCACGUCACCCUAGCGACGAGGUGUUGGAGACCAUCAUGCUGGAGGCCGAAGCAAUUGUCAACUCACGACCACUGACUUAUGUUUCUUUGGAGGCAGAAGACGACGAAGCGCUCACACCAAACCACUUCCUUCUGUACGGACGGACUGGGUUUAAGCAACCGAUAACGGAACCUGUUCAGGGAAACAUUCUGCGAGACAGCUGGAAACUAGUGCAGCAUAUCAUCGACGAUUUCUGGCACAGAUGGGUGCGGGAAUAUCUCCCAAUGUUGACGAGGCGAACGAAGUGGUUCGAACCAGUGAAGCCGUUGAAACCAGGUGAUCUAGUCGUGAUCAUCGACGAACAGGCGAGAAACCGAUGGGAACGAGGGCGUGUACUGGAGACGUUUCCAGACAAAUCCGGGCAAGUUAGACGUGCCACAGUGCAGACAGCCAGAGGAGUGCUUGCUCGACCCGCGGUAAAGCUGGCGGUACUGGACGUCACCGGCGAAGAGGAUACGGGUGUAGUAACUCCGGAAACGAAAGUGGUUCACGGGUCGGGGAAUGUCGCCGAAACCCCCCGUUGCGGCGAAAAGGGGGUGAACAACAAACCGUUUCAUAUCGAGCGAAAAGGGCCGAGCGAACAAAAUGACAAUUAG